CACCUUGAGAAGACGGAGAUGACACAUGACAUGACACAUGAUACUUCAUUUGAUUUAGCGGGAAAUGCGCCAAUGCGCAAUGCGGCUGCGGCAUUCAUCACCAACUUGUUGAAAGAGUAUUUUGUUAGUUUAUUUUUAAUAUUUUCUAUUAUUUAUAACGCGUUCUACACCAAAUUACAAAUUAUCAAAAUGAAGUGCACAAUACCGGAAAUAUCGUGGCAUAAUAAAGAACCCGUGCUCAGUGUCGAUAUUUUCCCAGAAAUCGGGCAAAGUUACAGGGUAGCCUCUGCCGGAGCUGAUAGUCAUGUAUUGAUAUGGCAAAUGAAUAUAGUAAGAACGGGUGCAGUAGUUCAAGAACUUGUAUCUGACCUUACAAAACAUCAACGAGCAGUAAACUGUGUAAGAUGGUCUACAACAGGAAGAUACUUGGCUUCAGCGGAUGAUGACGGUAAUAUUGUCAUUUGGCAACUAAAAACCGAUAAUAUACCAUUAUUAGAAGGCGACACAGGUGACAAAGAAAUUUGGAAUGUAUUCAAAAUAAUGCGCCAUAAUGACGAUGUCUAUGAUAUUUGUUGGUCUAUAGAUGAGACUAAAAUCGUUUCGGGCAGCAUAGAUAAUACUGCCGUUAUAUGGGACGUCGGUAAGGGUCAAAGGGAUCAUAUAAUGUCAGAUCAUAAGGGAUUUGUACAAGGAGUUGCUUGGGAUCCAAAAAACCAGUUUAUAGCCACUAUUAGUACUGAUAGAAUAUGUAGAUUAUUUGAUGCAUCUGGGAAACAUGUAAAAGCUAGGAUACAGAAGGGAAAAUUAGCCUCAGUUCCUGAAGGCCACUUUUUAAAAAAUCAAGAAGCUAAAUAUUUUCAUGAUGACACCUUUAAAUCAUUCUUUAGAAGAUUACAAUUCACCCCAGAUGGUUCUUUGCUUAUAGUGCCUUCUGGGCAUAUCGAAGUUGAGAAUUGCAAACCUGUAAAUGCCACUCUAAUAUUUACUUUGGACAAUCUUAUUAGUCCAUCCAUUAUUCUUCCAAUUCCAGUGCAAAGCAGCACAGUGGUAAGAGUUAGCCCAGUUUUAUAUAAAUUACGUGAAGAUGGGCCUGAUCCUGUCAUAAUAUUGCCUUAUCGUAUGGUAUUUGCAGUGGGGACUGACCAUGACAUUAUUUUAUAUGACACUCAACAACCUCUGCCGUUUGCAAGGUUUCAAGAUAUUCAUUAUACUAGAUUGACUGAUCUUACUUGGUCUCUAAAUGGACUGCUGCUUAUAGCCUCAUCCACUGAUGGAUUUUGCAGCUUGAUUACAUUUGAAGAGGACGAAAUUGGAGUGCCUUGGACAGCAAUGGAAUGUGAAACUAAAGAAAAUGUUUUGGAAAUUAGCGGCCUGGAGGAAUUAGAUAAAGAUGAAAAUGUUGAUACGAAUAAUAAAGAUGUGGAAAAAGUGGAGGAUGUUAGGUUGGAGACUAAAAAGAGGACCAGUUUUUUGGAACAGUGGGCUUUGAAAACGCCGAAAAAAAUUAAAAUUGGUGAAAAUGAUGAAAAAACUAUUAAAAGUGAUAUAGAAAUGUUGGAAUCUCCAGUCAAAGACGCUCAGAAAAUUGGGGUUGAUAAACCUGCGGAAACGAUAAAUAAAUUAAUUCCCAGAAGAAAAACACAGAAUUCAGAAGAACAAAUAAAUAUUUUGGUACCAAAAAGAAUCAAGCCUACCUUUAUUGAACCAGUAGCCAGUACAUCAAAAAUACAUGACAGCCACAAUGAGGAAAUUACAAUAAGUGAUAGUGAUGAAGGAUCCUCAGAGUCUGAAAAACAAUUAAGUCAAAAAGAACAAGAAGAAUAUGACAAAGCUGCAAGAAAGAUUAAACAAUUUUUUUCUAAAGAACCGCUCAGACUUGAAAACAAUAGACAGAUUGAUUCCACACAAACUAAGGAAAAAGUUAAUUUACUUGUUCCUAGAAGAAUAAAACCAAUAUGUGUUGAACCAAAAGCUGUAGAACCAAGCACAGAAAUGCCACCUAAAAAUGAUGAAAAUAAACCUAGUGAUGCCAAAUCUAUUGCAAUAAGAACAAAAGCUAGGAAAAUGGAAAAAACAUCUCUAGUAAAAAAUUCUAUGGCUAAUAAAGACAGUGGUGCCAAACUUGUUGCAGAAACAUCUUCAAAGGUAAAUUCAAAUGAAUCCAAAAGUGUAGAAAGUUUGCCUAAUAGACACAGUGACCUAAACCUGAUUGAAGUGGAAAAAAAAGUGAUAGAACCAAAAAUAAAUAAAGACAAAGAAAAAUCUAAAGAUAAUAGAUUGAUCGAAAAAUCAUCACAAAAGACUGCCAGUCCUGAAAAACCGAAUCUCAAAUUAACUCCAUCUAAACAAAAAGUUGAUGUAAAACCAGAUGCAGUUAUAAAUUUGGUAUCCGAUGAAGAAGAAAUAAUCACUACCCCUAAAAAACCAAAAACACUGAAACCAACUUCCACAAAAAAAGUAACGCCUUCAGGAAAACAAAAAACUACCCCCAGAAAGCAAACUUCGACCCUAUUGAAUUUCUUGCAAAAAGCUGAAAACUCCCCUAAAACAAAUAAAGAGAAAAAAGUAGAUAAAGUUGAGGCCGUUGUUAAAGAGACAUGUGACAAUAAAGUAAUACCAAGGUUGCCAGUUGAAUUACCUGCUGAGUCAUGCGAUCAGGAGCAAGAAGCCAAACUUUCUAAAGCCAGUGAAGAAAGUAGUGACAUAAAAAAAAGUCUAGAGAAAAAAAACACUGUCACAGAAAUUAAUUUAGUUGAAAGUAAACAAGAAGAAAUUAGUGACCCAAAAAAAGUUGAAAGUAAACAGGAGGAAAUUGAUGACUCGAAAAAGAAUUCAGGUGAAAGUAAACAGGAAAAAACAGCUCACACAAAUGAAAAUGUAGUUCAAAGUACACAGGGAACCCCCAGAGCACCUAGAAGGGUGCCUAUCAUCACUUUGUCAAGUCCUAGUGGAAAAAUUAAGAGAAAAAUAUAAGAUUAAAUUUUACAAAUCUUUGCAGUGCUAUCAUUAUGUAGUGACUUUUGAUAAAAGUUUUCCAUUGCUGUCAUGCUUUUUAUGUGCUAUUCUUGAACGCUUAGGGCACUCCAACGAACAAAAUAAAUAUGGCUGCUGCAAGAUAAAUAAAUACAAGUUCACCAUUCAUGCUUCUGGAAAUUUGAAGGACCAAAAUAUUUGUUAAUUUCGUUUCAAAUAGAACUAAAUAGCAUGAAGUAUAUGGACAGCUGGCUUGUUUCUCUUGCUGGGGUCAUAUUUAAGUCGAUUUGUUGGGCUGCCCGAUUUGUAUGUCAUAAUUUAAGUCUAUUAUUUUUUUCCUUCUUUUUUAACGUGUUGUUUUUUCUGUACAUAAUUUUCCUGUGAUAGUUCAUAGGCAAAUACAUAUUCUCUUCUAAAAUCACUAAGUUGAAGGCUUGUUAAUUUGUAUUAUUAAGAAGUUUAUUUAAUCUUGCUCUGUAAUUUAUUUCGUUUUUCUUUUGUAUAGAAUUUUCCUGUGAUCAGUUCAUAGACAAAUACAUAUUUUUCUACACUGA